UCUCUGGAGUACGGAAGCCGCUAGGAGUAGACAUGUAACGCGAAGAUGGCGGAAUCCUCAGAGCCGGAGUUCCCGAAGCUGGCUCACUUUUUAGAGAACGGAUGGCAGCUGCUUAAGGAAGUAGAAGGGAGCAGUGAGCCGUCUGCGUCCCGUGAACUACAGGACAAGGUGAAGAAAGGCUUGGGGUUGCUGGAACAGGCCGUUCGGAUGGUCACUCAGCUCGAUCUGUUCAGCCGUAAUGAGGAGUUGGAUGAGAUUUCCUCUGCGGAUAUUAGGUACCUUCUCUUACCAGCUCUUCAGGGAGCCCUGACCUUGAAACAAGUGGGUCUUACGCAAAGACUGCAGCAUCUGGAAACUGCACGCUCUUACUUUAUGGACUUCUUGCAGAGAUGUCACGACUACAAGGUCUCUAAGUUUGAACUUCCUCAACAACAGAGCCAUUCCAACUCAGAAGAACAGAAGAUGACCCACAGUAUGUCCCCAGCAGUUAAUCCAAACUUAACGGCCAUGGCUUUACAAAGACAGGCAAAGAUUGAGAGGUACAACCAGAAGAAGGAGCUGGAGAGCCGUCUUGCCAGCCUGCAGGAGUCUGUGAGGGUUGGCACAGCGGAGGAAGAACAGGUCAGAGAGUAUUAUCUUCUUCAGCUUCGGCAAUGGGUGCAUACUGCCCUGGAGGAGAUUGAGAGCAUAGACCAGGAGCUGCCGCUUGUCAGAGCAAGGGAAGCUAUGAAGAAGGGAGCUGAUGUAAAUCCUCCACCACGUGUAGCCCGGCCGCCAAUGAAACCCUUUAUCCUAACUCGUGAUGCUGUACAGGCAAAGGUAUUUGGUGCAGGCUAUCCUAGUCUUCCCACAAUGACUGUGGAUGAUUGGUACGAGCAGCAUCGAAAAAAGGGCAUGCUCCCCGACCAGGGUGUGUUCAGCAAACCAACAGAUGAAGAGCAGGAGUUAGCUGAUCGAGAAAGAAAGGAAGAGACAGAUGACCCAGAGACACUGCAGAAAGCUCGGAACUGGGAUGACUGGAAAGAUGAUCAUCGUCGGGGCUAUGGAAAUCGCAAGAACAUGGGCUGACUUCACCUAAAUGUUGCAGCUCUGCUUCUGUUAGUGGUUGUACAUUUAAAGAGUUUACUGCACAAGACCGUUUACUCCAUUCACAGUAACCUAAUGUGUCAAAGGAUACCUUAUCUCUGUAAAUCAGGUUUCCUUAUGUACUGCAUUUACAGGUUUACUUAAGUGAUGGUGAUCAGUGUAUGUUUUUUUUUUAUGCAAAAUGCAUCAUACCACAUCUGAACUAAGCUUGUAUUUAUUUGUGGACAUUUUUAUUUAGAUGUAAUUAAAGAUGACUUGUAUAAUCUACACAUGGUGGCUUUUGGUAAAAUAAAGUAAUUGAGGUUGAUACAA